GUGGACAGCCAAUCAGGGGGGGCACUCCCCCACCCCGCUGUGGGCAGCCGUCUUCCAGCACCCGGCUCGUUGGGGUCGGCUAUCGCAGGCUUCUGGCAGACAUGGCGAGCUCGGGCUGCGAGGACGGCGCGGGCCAGGAGGGGGAGACGUUCCUGUACUUCGCCUACGGCAGCAACCUUUUAACCGAAAGGAUCCACUUCCGAAACCCCUCGGCCACGUUCUGCUGCGUGGCGCGUCUGCAGGACUUUAAGCUUGACUUUGGCAAUUUCCAAGGCAAAACAAGUGAGAGGUGGCAUGGAGGUAUAGCUACCAUUUUUCAAAGUCCUGGCGAUGAAGUGUGGGGAGUGGUGUGGAAAAUGAACAAAAGCAAUUUAAGUUCUCUAGAUGAGCAAGAAGGGGUUAAAAGUGGAGUAUAUGUUGUGAUAGAAAUCAAAGUUUCAACUCCAGAAGGGAAAGAAAUAACCUGUCGAAGUUACCUGAUGACAAAUUAUGAGAGUGCACCACCGUCACCACAGUAUAAAAAGGUUAUUUGCAUGGGUGCAAAAGAAAAUGCUUUACCACUGGACUAUCAAGAGAAGUUAAAAGCAAUCGAACCAAAUGACUACAAAGGAAAAAUCUCAGAAGAAAUGGAAAAAAUUAUCAAAAAGGGGGAGUCAAAACUGUGUAGGACAUAACAGAACAGGGUGUUCUCUGCAUGCUAGUAUGAAGUAUUUUUAAUAUUUGAGAACAGGAGUGUGGAUAGUUCUGUAUUUAAUCUGUCAGUUUUCAUCAGUGUGGUGAAGGAUAUCUCACUUGGGUGAUUCCUUAUUUUCAACUGUAAAAUAAACUGAAACUGGGCUAGCAGUUAGAUGAUCAAAAGUGGGGUGUGAGACCCUACAGUGUUUGAGCAGUGCUGGGUGUGCGUCAGUGUGUGAGCAGUGCUGAGUGUGAGCAGUGCUGGGUGUGUGUCAGUGUGUGAGCAGUGAUGGGUGUGUGAGUAGUGCUGGGUGUGCGUCUGUGUGAGCAGUGAUGGGUGUGUGUCAGUGUGUGCACAGUGUUGAGUGUUCAUCAGUCUGUGGGCAGUGCUGGGUGUGUGUCAGUCUGUGAGCAGUUCUAGGUGUGCGUCAGUCUGUGAGCAGUGCUGGGUGUGCGUCAGUCCGUGAGCAGUGCUGGGUAUGUGUCAGUCUGUGAGCAGUGCUAGGUGUGUGUCUGUAAGCAGUGCUGAGUAUGCGUAAGUCUGUGAGCAGUGCUGAGUGUGCGUCAGUCUGUGAGCAGUGCUGGGUGUGCGUCAGUCCGUGAGCAGUGCUGGGUAUGUGUCAGUCUGUGAGCAGUGCUAGGUGUGUGUCUGUAAGCAGUGCUGAGUAUGCGUAAGUCUGUGAGCAGUGCUGAGUGUGCGUCAGUCUGUGAGCAGUGCUGGGUGUGCGUCAGUCCGUGAGCAGUGCUGGGUAUGUGUCAGUCUGUGAGCAGUGCUAGGUGUGUGUCUGUAAGCAGUGCUGAGUAUGCGUAAGUCUGUGAGCAGUGCUGAGUGUGCGUCAGUCUGUGAGCAGUGCUGGGUGUGCGUCAGUCCGUGAGCAGUGCUGGGUAUGUGUCAGUCUGUGAGCAGUGCUAGGUGUGUGUCUGUAAGCAGUGCUGAGUAUGCGUAAGUCUGUGAGCAGUGCUGAGUGUGCGUCAGUCUGUGAGCAGUGCUGGGUGUGCGUCAGUCCGUGAGCAGUGCUGGGUAUGUGUCAGUCUGUGAGCAGUGCUAGGUGUGUGUCUGUAAGCAGUGCUGAGUAUGCGUAAGUCUGUGAGCAGUGCUGAGUGUGCGUCAGUCUGUGAGCAGUGCUGGGUGUGCGUCAGUCCGUGAGCAGUGCUGGGUAUGUGUCAGUCUGUGAGCAGUGCUAGGUGUGUGUCUGUAAGCAGUGCUGAGUAUGCGUAAGUCUGUGAGCAGUGCUGAGUGUGCGUCAGUCUGUGAGCAGUGCUGGGUGUGCGUCAGUCCGUGAGCAGUGCUGGGUAUGUGUCAGUCUGUGAGCAGUGCUAGGUGUGUGUCUGUAAGCAGUGCUGAGUAUGCGUAAGUCUGUGAGCAGUGCUGAGUGUGCGUCAGUCUGUGAGCAGUGCUGGGUGUGCGUCAGUCCGUGAGCAGUGCUGGGUAUGUGUCAGUCUGUGAGCAGUGCUAGGUGUGUGUCUGUAAGCAGUGCUGAGUAUGCGUAAGUCUGUGAGCAGUGCUGAGUGUGCGUCAGUCUGUGAGCAGUGCUGGGUGUGUGUCAGUCUGUGAGCAGUGCUGGGUGUGUGCUCCCCUUCUGUGGGCACUUAGCACUCCAAUCCCAAGUUGAUCCUCUGCAUCUUGGUGCUCCAUGACUUGCAGCCUACUGAUAAAUUGCUCUACUUGUCUCGUUUUUAUUUGUUUUUAAUCAUCUUGUAGGAGUAAACAAACUACUGAGAGUUGGUGAUCAGCAUUUUAAAAAUAGAAGGGUGCUCUUAGAGGAAUAAAUGUAUUCGUGGUCCAACUAUCUUCCCUUCCAAAGUACUCUUUUUCAUUAUGUUUGGCUCAAAUCACAAGCAUGGAACUGGCCUUGGCCAUGUUGAGUUUAUGUUAAAGGAGUGUUGUGGACUCUGGAGACAAACAGCCUGGGGUCCACAGUCAAGUGUUUUUUGUUUGUCGUGUGUGGUGGUGGUAUUGGUGGUAGUGGUAGGCAUUACUGGGGAUUGAAUUUUAAAGCCUCACAAAUAGUGGGAAAGUCCUUUAUCACCAAGCUGUUUCCUCAGGCCUCUUUAUACUUUAUUUGGAGAUAGGGUCUCCCUAAGUUACUCAGGCUGGCCUUGCACCUGUGAUCCCCCUGCCUCAGUCUCUCGAGUAGCCUGUGCUACUAGACCCAGCUUAGUUUUUACUUUUGCAAUUUUGAGAUUUGAGCUUAUUUGAUUCUCUGAUCCUUAGUUUCGUCACCUACGUAAUGAGGAUAAUCCAACACCUAUGAGUAAAUAAAUGUAAUAAACACGUCGAAACCUGG